AUGGAAAUUCAUUAUACUCCAUUUAUUAGAGUUAUUAAUUCAACUGGAAAUUUUAUUGAUUUCAAAUUAAAUAUUGGAGUUACAAAUAUCGGGAGAGGUAAUUCUAAUGAUAUUCCAAUAGAUGAUCCAAUAAUUUCUUCAAUUAAUUCUUCCUUAUAUUUUGAUGGUUAUACAUUUUCAUUUUUUGAUUUAACUGAAGUUAAUAAAACAUAUAUUAAAUAUCAAGAAAAUGAGAAUCCUAUAUUAAUAGAGCCAAAUACACCAUAUCAAAUUAUAAAUGGAACUAGAAUUCAAUUGAGUGAUGAUACUCAAUUAAUUUUAUUAUUUUGUGAAGAUUGUGAAAAUCAUCACCAAACUUCUUUUACUGAAAAAAAAGCAGCUGCAAUAUUUUAG